UCAUCUGUCAUUCUGUCAUCUGAAUGUCGUCUCAAGAAGUUUAUUUUGAUUGUUUGUUAUAUUGAUAUUCUACAUCUAUUUAAUUCACCUGGAAAUAUAUUAUGUUCACCUCUAGGGCAGUAUAAAUGAUUCACCAUUUGAAUAAGUUUUUUGUUAACAACCAUCUUGAGUGUUUAUUUUUCUUUUAUUAUGAUUGGUUAGCAGUUUACAAUUAAAUAGAAAUUGCCCUGAGAAAAUUCAAAUGUUUACAAUUGUUUCAAUGCAAAUUUUCACAUAGCACGUACGUCACACUAUAAUAAUAGAACAUCAAAUGAACCCAUCCAGUUAUUAAAUUAGUUUCCAUGGACGUUUCAAUGUUUUCAUGGGCAAUAUCCCACAUUGAAAAGGGAAAAUAGACUAUGAAUAAGUGAAUUUCUGCAAUAGCAAAAAUAUGAGUGAAUCUGAUGAAGAUGCAGAGUUGGACCCAAGAAUACAGAUUGAAUUGGAAAAGUUGAACACAACCACUGACGAGAUAAAUAAACUGGAAAUUGAAUACGAUGAGGAAAAUAAGACAUUUCGUAUGCUUCUAAAUGAGUGUACUCGGCGGUUGAAACUGUUAUCAAAAAGGCUUGGAUCUUGCAUAGAGAAAGCGCGUCCAUAUUAUGAAUUAUGGGAAGAAGCAAAAAAAGCCCAACAGGAAUGUCAAGAGGCAGCUGCUUUGUAUAAAAAAGCUCAUGGUAUUCAUGCAGCAGCUAAAGAAACGGUAGCUUUAGCAGAGCAAAGAUUUUUAUCGAAUCAACAUGAAUGGCAAUUUGAUAACGCAUGGCAAGAAAUGCUCAAUCAUGCAACUAUGAAGGUUAUGGAGGCAGAAAAUCAAAAAGCGGAAUGUGGCAGGGACCAUCAGAGGAAAGCCUUGAUAUUCAAGGAAAUUGAAGAAAAACUGAAACAACAAGAAGACAAACUUCAAAAAUUCAUAGUCAAAUCACGACCUUAUUUUGAUGAAAAAUCUCUUUGUCAAGAACAACUUAGCACUCAAAAAAGUCGAAUUGGUACAAUAAAACAGGAAAUUAGCAAGUCCAAAAACUUUUAUGCUCAGACUCUGAAAAACUUGGAGCAAAUAUCAAAUGAAAUUCACUUGAAAAGACAGGGAAGAAAGCACGAUAAUGAUUUGCUUAAACGUCCAAGAGAACCUGGAGUUGGUGCCGAGCUCAAUUACGCCUUUGAAGAAACGUCUCUCGCAAAAAAGUACAGGUCUCUUCCCGAUAUCAGUUCAGAAUUGGAUAAGUAUGACGCUUGCAGUGAAAACUCUGCUAGCAUUGUUACAAGCUCAGCUGUAAGCGAAAGAGAUGAGGAUGAAUUUGUAGACGAGGUUGAAGAGGUUAGCAAGAAAUUGAAUAAUUUGGAUGUUAGGCCCGUGGAAGGAAAAAGUGAGAGUGUAUUUGUUUCAGAAUUUCAUCUAGGAGCCUUAUCAAACAUAGAAAAAUAAAACAGUUCAGAAUUGUUCAUCGAUCAUUUUCAGUGCCGCGGAGAGAUCUAAAAAGAUAUGAAUAGUGAAACUAAACAUACAUUUGUAUUUAAUUUUCAACAACAAACUUAUGAUUAAUACUCAUCUUGUUAAAAAUUGACUUCAACUUGAGUUAUUCUUUUUGUGAUAACGCAGUUUAUAAGUGAAACAAAAUGAAAUUUUGAAAAAUAUUUAUUUCCAGGCAAUGCACUUGAUGAAAAUUAUUAGGUUUAUAGAUUACAAUAAAACAUCCACUUGAUGUAAAUA